UGGUUGCGAACAUAAUAAAAACAAACGAUGUUAGGUAGAGUGAUUGCUUGAAUGCGUUUCGGUUGCGUUUUAAGCUACAUUUUUCGAUUAUCGAGUCUGGAAAUGUCGCGACCGACCGGUUACGAUUCCCACAGCGAGGGUCCGGGAUUCGUAGGCAUUAGAUUCUGUCAGGAAUGCAACAACAUGUUGUAUCCUAAAGAAGACAAAGAAAACAAAAUUCUCCUGUACGCGUGCCGAAAUUGCGACUACAAACAACACGCCGAUUCCAAGUGCAUCUACGUCAACAAAAUUAUGCACGAAAUCGAUGAAUUGACUCAUAUCGUACCCGACGUGAUAUCGGAUCCUACCCUACCGAGGACUGAGGACCACCACUGCCCGGAAUGUAAUCAUAGGGAGGCUGUGUUUUUCCAAGCGCAAACGAGGAGAGCAGAAGAAGAAAUGAGACUCUAUUACGUCUGUACAAACCCCCACUGUGCGCAUAGGUGGACCAAGUGAUACUUUUCAACUUUGGUCAUUAUAGGUUAUGUGCUAUAUAUAUCAGUCUAACAGGGUUAUUUGAGGGGGGUACAAAAUAAAGAUUUUU